CUUAUUUUGAAAGGAAAAAGAAAUGAAUGCUUCUAGGUUCAUUUUCUUGAUCGGCGUUCUUUCCGUAGAAUUGAUCCAAAUUUCUAUUGCUUCCGUGGUUUCUGCAGGAGAUUUUAACAGAGACUUUUUCGUGACAUGGUCUCCUAGCCACGUUAACACUUCUGCGGAUGGCCGAGCAAGAAGUCUGAAACUCGAUCCGGAGUCAGGUUCUGCUUUUGCUUCAAACGACAUGUUCUUAUUCGGUCAGUUCGACAUGCAAAUUAAAUUGAUACCGGGGAACUCAGCAGGAGCCGUUGUAGCCUUUUACCUUAGUUCCAAUCAACCAAACCGUGAUGAACUAGACUUUGAGUUCCUUGGCAACGCGGACGGGGGGCAGCAGCAGCCAUACAUUCUUCAAACAAAUGUAUAUGUCGAUGGCUUUGACGACAGAGAGGAGAGAAUAAAGCUGUGGUUUGAUCCAACAAAGGACUUCCACACGUAUACCAUUUUGUGGAAUAUUCACCAAAUUGUAUUCAUGGUUGAUUGGGUUCCCAUCCGGACAUUCAGAAACCAUGCAGAUAAGGGAGUGGCAUUUCCCAGGUGGCAGCCUAUGGCCCUCCAAGCCAGCAUAUGGGAUGGCAGUAGCUGGGCUACAGGUGGAGGCAAAGACAAGAUUGACUGGUCGAGAGGUCCGUUUGUAGCAUCAUUCCAGAACCACAAGAUUGAUGCCUGCAUCUGGAAAGGCAGUGCAGGAUUUUGCACGGCAGAAAGCCCUACAAAUUGGUGGAACCAAGGAGGAUCCAACUCUCUCACAUCGGCCCAGAGAAGGCUAUUCAGAUGGGUUAGAAAAUAUUACGUCAUAUAUGACUACUGUCAAGAUAGGCCCAGAUUUAAGAACAACCUACCUAAGGAAUGCUCCCUGCCCAAAUAUUGACGCAAACGCGUUACUUUUUUUUUUUCUCCCUAAGUUUCUUCUAUAAUUCUUGUUGCUUUAAGUUUGUUCCACACUUCAGAAAAGUAAUGCUUUGUUGGAAAUGUGAUGAUUAUCCGUUUGUGAGCCCAUUAUGUAAUGGGCCUCCACACUUCA